AUGGCGUCCGUCCCAACGUAUGAAAGCAUAACCCUAUCGAAACUUGCCACGUCUUCAGAGAAAUGACCGACGAUCAGAAGAAGAACGAGAAGCUGUCGACGGCGAUCAUGAACAAGAAGUCGAAGCCGAAUCGGCUGAUGGUGGACCAGUCCGAGAAGGACGACAACUCCGUGAUCGUGCUCAGUCAGGCGAAGAUGGACGAGCUCGGCCUUUUCCGAGGCGACGCUGUUCUGCUCAAGGUAUUGUCUGUUCCUAAAGCUUGCCAGGAGCUGGAAAAAGUAGAGCAAAAACGAAUCAGGUUACAGUAAGGUAUAAUAGUAGUCAAUUUAGACUUCGGAUGAGGAAAGUUUUUUGAGCUUACAAUUCAAUAUUUGAGGAAAUUUCCCAACAGAGCUCCUUAGAGAGCUCCUCAAAAGCUUCGAAGCUUUUGAUUUCAAAAUAAAAAAAAGUUUUGACUUUCCCAGUUUGACAUUUCAAAGACUUUGAAAAUUGCCUUUUAUCAUUUGAGUAGUUUCCUUUGAAGCGUCCUAACUCGAAUAUAAGGUAAAAGUCGAGGAACCUCUCACUUUUUCUGGAAUCCUAAGGUCCGGAAGCAAAAACAUUUGAUCGAAAAGUUUAACCUAAUACUUCCCCCUUGAAAAAUUCUGGAAAAUUCUUCUGAAUUUGAAAUGUAGCUUUAUUCAAAAAGCUUGAAGUCAACCUAAUUAAGGGAAGGAAAAGAAAAGAAACGGUGGCGAUUGUCCUGGCCGAGGACACGUGUCCCAACGACCGUAUCCGCAUGAAUCGCUGUGUUCGGCACAACCUUCGAGUUCGUCUUGGCGACAUUGUCAGGUUCCUCUUUUCUUUGAGACUUUGGGAGUUCAUGGUCGCAAGUGGAAUGGAUCAGCGCGUGGCGGCUGUGGGGCUUUUUCUUGAAACCUGCUUCUCAAGUUAUUGAAGCAAGCCAUUGAACUUUAAGUCUUGUCGGCAGACUUCAUCUCAACGGCAACACGGCGGCGCAGCUUUAAACCAUUCCACGUGCGAUGACGACAUUCAAAACAAUAAGAAAAGAAAGAACCACAAAUUUUCAGCAUCGCUGCGGCUCCAACGGUGGCCUACGGAAAGCGUAUCCACGUUCUUCCACUGGAAGAUACCAUUGAAGGGCUUACUGGGUUUGGAUUCUCUCAUCCUGGAUAAUUUUCCAAAUCUUUGCAGAAAUCUCUUCGACGUCUUCCUAAAGCCAUAUUUCCUGGAGGCGUACCGGCCAGUGCAUAAAGGCGACAUUUUGGUCAUCAAGGCCGCCAUGAGAACCGUCGAGUUCAAGGUACAGCGAGAAACUUAAUUUUCUUUUUGGCUAUUUUGUCAUCUCAAGAAGUAGAGAUUUUCAAUUGAAUAUAAUAUAAUCAAGUUUGAAUUUCCGGAUGUUUCAAUUCUAUCAGAGGGUCUCAGAUUUCAUUGAAAUCGUUUCAUUCGAGUUCUACCAUAUCUUGAGAAAAUGUUUUUGAACUGGAAUAUGUCUUAUUUUCAUUGAAAACUCGACUGCUCUAAUUUAAUCACUCUAGUUUGAAAACUCCUGGUCACACAUAAGUUAUAGUUGUCAUCCUCUUCUAAAAAUUUAUUUUUUUUUUUACGAAGUAGAAGGAGCUCACUAGCGAUCCAGGACUCUUAUUUGAGUUGAUCCUCCAAAAAUUUGACAAAAACUUACAAAUGAAAAACUUGAAGGUGAUUGAAACGGAUCCUUCGCCGUCGUGCAUCGUGGCGCCUGACACAAUGAUUCACUACGAAGGCGAGGCGAUAAAACGGGACGACGAAGAAGAGAACAUGAAUGACGUCGGCUACGACGACAUCGGCGGCGUCCGGAAACAGUUGGCGCAGAUCAAGGAGAUGGUCGAGUUGCCGCUCCGUCAUCCGCUCCUCUUCAAGUCUAUUGGUACAGUGAAAAAUGGCUUUAUUCUGAGAAAUAUUCAAACGUGACUCAGGAAUCAAGCCCCCGCGAGGAAUCUUGCUCUACGGACCUCCUGGCACCGGAAAAACGAUGAUUGCGCGCGCCGUGGCCAACGAAACUGGCGCCUUUUUCUUCUUGAUCAACGGGCCGGAGAUCAUGUCGAAGAUGGCUGGCGAGUCUGAGUCCAACCUGCGGAAGGCGUUUGAGCAGUGCGAGAAGAACUCGCCCGCCAUCUUGUUUAUCGACGAGAUUGACUCGAUCGCGCCGAAACGAGAAAAGGUGGCUUAUUCAUAUUUUCUGAGAAGGAUGGUUCAGCGCAUGUUAUAACAUGAGUCAAAAGGCUGAAGUCAUGCUGAAGCUUUUUUCUAUGUCUAUGUCAGAAAAAUACUUUUCAGACUCACGGUGAAGUCGAACGCCGAAUCGUAUCGCAGCUUCUGACUCUGAUGGACGGCCUGAAACAGCGAUCUCACGUCGUCGUCAUUGCCGCGACUAACCGACCUAACUCUAUCGAUGGCGCUCUUCGUCGUUUCGGACGCUUCGACAGGUUCUUUUCAAUUUCUAUUUGCAAUUCCUAGCUUUCUAGAGAAAUCGACAUUGGAAUCCCCGAUGCUCUCGGCCGUUUGGAAGUUCUGAGAAUCCAUACGAAGAAGAUGAAACUUGCGGAGAACGUCAACUUGGAACAGGUUCAAAAGUGCAUUGAGUCUGUUUCAUGAUGAGGAUAGGUCGCGAACGAAUGUCACGGAUACGUCGGAGCCGAUCUCGCCUCGCUGUGUUCUGAGGCGGCACUUCAGCAGAUCCGCGAGAAGAUGGACCUCAUCGACAUGGAAGACGACACGAUCGACGCCGAAGUCCUCAACUCUCUGGCCGUCACUAUGGAGAAUUUCCGCUUCGCCAUGGGAAAAUCUUCGCCGUCGGCUCUCCGCGAAACUGUCGUCGAGACGCCAAAUGUCACCUGGACUGAUAUUGGAGGUGAACAAACUUCUCUGAGUCGCGCCUUUUUAGGACGGUCGGUGGUGUUAACAACUAAGAGAAAAUUUUGAUUUAAAGUUUUAGAGAGAAAAUUUUAAAAAAUUGGUUCCAGUGAGUCUGAGAGGAAGAGAUAGAAAUUUUCGUUUGAAGGUAAAUUGGCCGGUAAACUUUCUAAGUAGUCGUUUUGGAAUGUUUUUAGUCAUGAAAUAAACAUUUCUGAAAAAAUCUAGGCGUGACUACUCUCGUUCCCUCAAAAGAUAGAUUAAGAAAAAAUACGGAAAAGAAAAAAACUCCAGGCUAAGAAACAGCCUUUGAAGUACUGAUUUCUUUAAAAAAAAAACUGGAAAAAAGAAAAUCGAUUUUCAGGCUUGACAAAUGUGAAGCGCGAGCUCCAAGAACUUGUCCAGUACCCCGUGGAACACCCGGAAAAGUACCUCAAGUUUGGCAUGCAGCCAUCACGCGGAGUUUUGUUCUACGGUCCUCCUGGAUGCGGUAAGACACUUCUGGCCAAGGCUAUCGCCCACGAGUGCCAAGCCAAUUUCAUUUCUAUCAAGGUUUCGAGAAAGUCCUUUUCUUCUGGGAAAAGAAAUACUACAGGGUCCUGAGCUGCUGACGAUGUGGUUUGGAGAGUCUGAGGCGAAUGUCCGUGAGAUUUUCGACAAGGCUCGUCAGGCGGCGCCUUGCGUCUUGUUCUUUGACGAGCUCGAUUCGAUCGCCAAGGCUAGAGGAGGUCAGUCACGAGAUCAUCUACUUUUAGAAUAUUUUUACGAUUGAAGACGGAUAAAACGUUGAUUUGUCGAUGUGAAAUCGCUUCAGGAUCCGUCGGCGAUGGUGGCGGCGCUGCUGACCGCGUCAUCAACCAAGUUCUCACCGAAAUGGACGGGAUGAACGCCAAGAAGAACGUCUUCAUCAUUGGCGCUACAAAUCGGUUCUGAACUUCAUCUUUUCCCCUGUAUCUUGCUGGACUUGCAGUCCCGACAUCAUCGACUCGGCCGUCUUGCGACCAGGUCGUCUUGAUCAACUGAUCUACAUUCCCUUGCCAGAUGAGCCUUCGCGCAUGGCCAUUUUCAAGGUGAAGCUGUGGAAUACCUUGUAAAGCUCGUUAUAUAUUUCAGGCUAAUCUCAAGAAAACUCCCAUUUCGAAAGAAGUUGACCUUGGAUUCCUCGCCAAGAACACUGUCGGAUUCUCCGGCGCUGAUAUCACUGAAAUUUGCCAGAGGUAGGAGAUUGAUUUGUGGACCAAUUUGUUGAUUUAACUCAAAGUUUUCGAGUUUGUUUCCGUUUUCGAAGAAUUCCAACGUGCAAAAAAAAUAUAUGGUCUUGAUAAAGUAUCUCAUGCAAAUUUUCUUUUCCUCGAAAAAUUUUGAGGCGUUUUUUAUCAAAUAAAAAGUUUAAAAAACUCGAAAAGCUGAAUUGAACUACAGAGCUUGCAAACUGGCGAUCCGCGAGUCGAUCGAAAAAGAAAUCUUGGCUGAGAAAAACCGCAUGGAACGCCGUGCCAAGGGCGAAGAGCCGAUGGAAGAAGGCCUCACAGAUCCUGUGCCGGAAAUUACGCGACGUCAUUUCGAAGAGGCUAUGAAAUUCGCGCGUCGCUCCGUCAACGAUGCCGACAUCCGAAAGUGAGCUUUUUUGAGUGAACUCUGUAAAAAUAAAACUUUUCAGAUACGAAAUGUUCGCCCAGACCUUGCAGCAGUCUCGUGGAUUCGGCAACAACUUCCAGUUUCCUUCGACUUCAACUUCCCAAUCGCAGCUGCAGGCCCCAGUUCCUCCCGCUGGAGCUCCUCAGGACGAUGAUCUCUACAACUGA